UUGAGAAAUUGUUUCAAAUUUAGAGAGCUUGUUUGUUUAACAACAAUGGAUAGAUUCAUAAUUCGAGAGCCAAGAAUUGAAACAGAAUAUCCACAAGGGAAUCACGUAUGCCAUCCUGGAAAUGCAGGGGAAAGAGGUAUUUUCCCAUCUGAAAAUCUUUACUAUGGUGGUUUAGUGGGUCCCGAAUAUCAAAAUGUACGAGUUGGAAAUCCUGUGUUUGCAGGACCACCACACGUUAAUUCAUCGUCUUUCGUCCCUCACAGCAUGAGUCACCACCAAGGACACAGUCAAAUUAUGUCUGGAAUCGAUCCUAGAUAUCUAGCGGCGUAUGCCGAUGAUAAUGCGAAAUUCAUUGCAACAGGAUUAAUGCAACAGGAAGGGUCUGCUAUAUCUAUUAACUCGCCUUUUGGGCGUGAUUAUCAGAAUCGCAAUUUGGUUGCGGCGGACCGAAAUAAGGCUAAAAUGUUUCGACCGCAAAUAUCCAAGGAAAAGGUCCAGAAGAUAGAAGUUCCUUCAAUAAAAGGCUUCGCAAUUAAUGAGGCCAAAAUACCUAGAAAAGAUUAUAAUGUUCAAGAAACCACACAACAAACUCUGUCAGACGUAUCUGCAAAGAAGAUAGAAAAUGCAGGCAGCUCCAAAAAUGAACAUCAAAUUCAAGUCAUGAGUCGUUCUGAUAAGCUCAAAGCACUAUAUAAAAGCGGAACACGAAUCUUCUCUGGGCCGGUUGAAAAGGUCCUUAAAUGGCACAAGUCAUUACAAGAUAUUGGUGUAUUGGUGCUGUAUGAGAUCGUUGCGAAAUGUGUGAGCGUGAGGCCUGGGGAGGCAUGUGCCAAGAAUUUAGUGGUAAGAGACGAAAACGGACCAGCUAUGCAAGUCGUUUAUUAUGAGGUGGACUUUUUGUUGCCUGAACUGAAACCGCCAUGCACCAUUAGGGUUAUAGGUAAAAUGAUGGCGGGUACAUCCAGAUUCCAGGCUUUCCACGUGCGACCUGCUACCGGGGACGACGUCGCUACGUUACCUCGACGUACUGCCGUCGCCGUUCACCACGUCGCUAAACUGUGUAAAGAGUACGGUACAAAUAUUUAAUAUCACAAUUAAAAUAAUGUACAUGCAAUACCUAAUUGAAGAUUUGGUUUACAUGUCAAUAUAGUAUAAGUCAGCAAAUGUUCAU